AUGGGAAGCCAGCAAGCGGCGGUUUCGUUCCUCUCCAGUUUGGCGAAGGCGGCUUUCGGUCUUGGAACGGCAGCGACGGUGCUGAAUACGUCGCUUUUCACCGUUGACGGCGGAGAAAGAGCUGUGAUCUUCGAUCGAUUCAGGGGAGUGAUGGAUCAGACUGUCAGCGAAGGGACUCAUUUCCUGAUCCCGUUUCUCCAGAAGCCGCACAUCUUCGACAUCCGCACGAAGCCUCACACAUUCUCUUCAAUCUCCGGCACGAAGGAUCUCCAGAUGGUUAAUCUCACCCUUCGUGUCCUCUCUCGCCCUGAGGUGUCGCGUCUGCCAUACAUUUUCCAAACCUUGGGUGUAGAGUACGACGAGAAGGUUCUUCCUUCGAUCGGAAACGAGGUCUUAAAGGCAGUUGUCGCGCAGUUCAACGCUGACCAGCUUCUCACAGAGCGUCCUCACGUCUCAGCACUUGUUCGUCAGUCACUAAUCACCCGUGCCAAAGACUUCAACAUUGUGCUCGACGACGUUGCCAUCACUCACUUGUCUUACGGUGUGGAGUUCUCAAGGGCUGUCGAGCAGAAGCAAGUGGCUCAGCAAGAGGCAGAGAGGUCUAAGUUUGUGGUGAUGAAGGCUGAUCAAGAGAGGAGAGCAGCGGUUAUCAGAGCUGAAGGUGAGAGUGAAGCUGCUCAGUUGAUCUCUGACGCUACGGCUAAAGCUGGUAUGGGACUUAUCGAGCUUAGGAGGAUCGAGGCGUCGAGGGAGAUUGCAGCUACACUUGCUAGGUCUCCUAAUGUGGCUUACUUGCCCGGUGGCCAGAACAUGCUCUUGGCUCUGAACCGUUGA